AUGGCAUCCCUGCCGGACCCCCGAAGAAUCGUCACCGACUACGGCGAUGAAGCGACAAAGCUGGGCGCCAGUGUCGGCGUGCGCUGGGAGACGAAGCAAUUUCCCGCGGACAACUCUGGGACAGAAGAUCAGGUGACGGCGAGGACGACGGAUCUCGCGAACAGAAACGGAGUGAUUCUCAGAGUCGUCGACGUUGAGCCGGGCACAACGCAGGCCAAAAUGCUAUUCCACAGGACAGGGUCUCUGGAUUUUGGGAUUUUGUUUAGCGGGGAGGUGUCAUGCUACCUGGAUGACAGCGCCAGAGUCGACAUGAAGCCCGGCGACGUGUGUGUCCAGUGGGGCACGAUUCAUGGGUGGACGAACACAGGCACGACACCGGCAAGGCUUUGCUUUUGCUUGGUUGCUGCGAAGCCGGCCAAUGUCGGAGACAGGGAAUUGGGUGCGCACGGAUACUACAAGGAGGAUAUUGAGUCGGGAGGCACGUAA